AUGUAUGUAAAAAAACUCCGACGCAGAAUGCAAAUUAAAACAUGCCAUUUGGAAGUGUCACCAUCAAAGAAAAUAUCAUUAUCUACCAUUCCCCUGAAAGAUCCUGAAGUAAAAUUUUAUGUUGGUGUAGAUGUGGGUACAGGCUCUGCAAGAGCCUGUAUUAUUGACCAAUCUGGUAACAUGUUAUCAUUAGCUGAAAAGCCCAUAAAAAGGGAAGAAUUGAGGCCGAAUUUUAUUACUCAGUCUUCCAGAGAAAUUUGGGAUGCCGUUUGUCAUUGUGUUAAAGCGGUUAUUCAGGAAUCAAGAGUUGAUCCGGACAGAGUUCAUGGCAUGGGCUUUGAUGCAACUUGUUCUCUAGUAGUUGUAUCAGCCACUGACGCUAAAGGAGUCGCGGUCGGACCUGAUUUCACCAAGAAUGAUCAGAACAUCAUAUUAUGGAUGGAUCACAGAGCUAUGAAGGAGACUGAAGAAAUCAACUCUUCUGAAGAUAAAUGUUUGAAAUAUGUUGGAGGCCAAAUGUCUGUUGAGAUGGAAAUUCCUAAAAUCAAAUGGUUGAAGAACAACUUAAGAUCUGAACUUUUUCAAGAUUGCAAAUUUUUUGACCUCCCAGAUUACUUGACAUUCAAAGCCACGGGCAAAGAAAACAGGUCAUUCUCUUCUGCCGUUUGUAAACAGGGGUUCCUACCAGCUGGUGUAGAAGGGUCCAAUCUGGGUUGGUCUGAAGAAUUUCUGAACACUAUUGGCCUCUCAGAGCUUAUAGAAAGCGACUUUGAGAAACUAGGCGGAUCGUUAAGGCAUAAAAAAAAUUUUCUGAGCGCAGGCGAAUGUAUUGGUUCGUUAGAUUGGAAAGCUGCCCGCGAGCUAGGUUUGACGGAGAAUUGUGUGGUGAGCUCAGGACUCAUUGAUGCAUAUGCAGGCUGGGUUGGGACUGUAGCCGCCAAGCCAGAAUCGCCAAUCAGAGGUCUUGCGGAAAAUGAAGAUAAUACGUAUAAUUACAACGGCGCUAUUGGUAGACUGGCUGCUGUUGCAGGUACAUCCACAUGCCAUAUUUUGUUGUCAAAGGAUCCGAUCUUUGUUCACGGUAUCUGGGGACCCUAUAGAGAUGUUCUUGCAAGAGGUUUCUGGGCUGCGGAAGGCGGCCAAAGCUGUACGGGGGUUCUUUUAGAUCAUGUUAUAAAAAUCCAUCCAGCUUAUACUGAACUAUCCCAAUUGACGAACGCAGCAGGCGUAUCAAAAUUUGAAUACUUGAACUCAAUGCUCGAGACCAUGGUUAAGAAACGUAAUGAGAGAUCUGUUAUAUCUUUGGCCAGACAUCUAUUUUUUUAUGGUGACUAUCACGGUAAUCGGUCACCUAUAGCGGAUUCAAAUAUGCGUGCUUGUAUUAUAGGGCAAUCUAUGGAUAAUUCAGUUGAAGAUCUUGCAAUUACUUAUUUGAGCGCAUGUGAAUUCAUAUCACAGCAGACAAGACAAAUUGUUGAAGUAAUGUUGAAAAGUGGUCACAAAAUUGAUGCUAUUUUCAUGUCGGGUGGGCAGUGUCGAAAUGACCUACUAACGAGAUUGUUGGCUGAUUGUUCCGGUCUCCCGAUUGUGAUUCCGCGGUACAUUGACGGUGCAGUUGUAUUUGGCUCCGCUCUACUUGGAGCUGCCGCAAGCGAAGCUUUUGAUUUAGCCAAGGGAAGAAGAACUCUCACAACAAAAAAAUCUUCCUCGGCACAGGAAUUUUUCAUCAAUUCAUAUCCAUCGCCACAGAAUUCAGCAAUGCGACAUCAAAACUUGGCAAGUGAUGUAACCUGCUCUUAUAACUUACCAAAUUCGAUCUCAAGUGCCCCCGAUACAAUGAAUAGGCAUUCUUCAACAAUUUCUAAGCAAUCACGAGGUGAUAUGUCCUCUGAAGAAAGUAGCAAGGGCACCCUGAAUACUGUAGCACUCAGAAGCUUGGAAGAAAAAAGGUACCGUGGCACAGGUAUUCUAUGGAAAGUUAUGCAAGAGCUAACGGGUGAUGCAAAAGCGGUGAAUCCUAACAAGGCAACACAUCCAGAUAGAAUCCUUCUAGAUACAAAGUACCAAAUUUUCCUUGAUAUGGCUGAAACUCAGAAAAGAUACAGACAUAUGGUAGAUAAUUUAGAGGAGUCAUUUAGUAAGUAA